AUGAAACUGUUUCUUGUAAUUCUCGGAGUCACAGCGGCUUUUGCCGUUCCUCACCAAGAGUCAAUUGAACUGGACUACCAUGGCAAGAUCGGUAUCCCGAUGGCCGCCCGCAUCAAGGCCGCUGAAGAGGCAACUGACUUCGACGGCUCUAGAAUCGUCGGUGGAUCCCCAUCGGAACUUGGAGAUUUCCCUUACGUGGGAGGUGUUAUAGUUAACUUGGUCUCUGGAGGACAGUCAGUGUGUGGAUCUGCUCUUAUUUCUGCAAACAGAGCCUUAACUGCAGCUCACUGCUGGACAACUGGCUCUCACGAGGGUAUUCUUCUCACCGUUGUCUUCGGUUCCAAACGUCUGUUCUCUGGUGGUCAGCGUGUCAUCACCAACAAUGUCCAAGUCCACUCUGAAUACAACACAGUCACCCGUGCCAACGAUAUUGCUGUGCUCGUUCUUCCUAAUGUUGCUUCCUCAGAAUACAUCAAACCCAUCUCCAUCGCCAGCGGCAACAACCUAUACAAUGGUGUAGUCGCUAGCGCAGCUGGUUUCGGUAUCGUGUCUGACGGAACUCCGAUUACGACUGGACAGACCUUGAACAACGUUGACUUGACUGUGAUUAGCAACCAAGAGUGCGCGCGUACGUUUGCUGCCUUUGUUGUUAGCUCAACCCUGUGUGUCAGUGGUGCCAACGGCAAAAGUACCUGCAGUGGUGAUGGUGGUAGCCCUCUGGUCGUCAACGACCAAUUGAUUGGACUUGCAUCAUUCCAAUCUAGCUCUGGCUGCCAACGCAACUUGCCAGCUGGUUUCACCAGAAUAACAUCCUACAACACCUGGAUCCGCUCUCGAUUGUAA